AGUGUAGCUCUGACCAUCUACGUAGAAGGGUGUGUGCGCAGUGGCUGUCUCCUCUUGCCCACGUGUGACUUGCGUGCCGUCCGUCCGCUGACUGACCUCUCAUUCUUUUCACCUGUAUAAUAUAUUUACAAAUUCUGGACUUCAGUGAUAGCAUCGCACUGUGAAGGCAAACUUUGCAUUUUCUAAUAUAUUUAUUCAUAGAGGGUCAACAAAUUUUCUACUGCAAAAAAAAAUACUCUGGCCAGUGCAUAAGUAUUAUAGGCAUGUCGGUGUAGCAAGGUAUGACAAGCUACCAGGCACAGGCCACACUCGAACACACGUACAGCUUUGGUGCUAAAGGUUACCCCGGUGCACAGUGAGCGGCAGGCGAGGAGAGUGGCGCGGCGCGGCGCGGGGCAUGGGGCUGCGAGGUGUGGCGGUGCUGGCAGUGGUGGCGUGGCUGACGGGGAGCAAGGCUCGUCCACCAGAAGAGCAAGCAGUGUGGGCGGUGAGCGGCCGGCGCGCUAACCUACCCUGCACCCCCGCCCCCCGCGAGGCCGACGACCAGCCGGUGCUUGUGUUGUGGUACCGCGCCGGCGACACCCUGCAGCCCGUCUUCAGCUAUGACGCUCGUUCGGGGAAUUUCCAUUCCGGCAAGAGUUGGGCCAACCCGAAGGUGUUGGGGACGAGGGCCUCCUUUGCCACUCACUCUGCCCCUCCUGUGCUGGUACUAAAGCCUGUCCUUCCCCACGACCAAGGAGAGUACACCUGCAGGAUCGACUACCGCCUCUCUCCCUCUACUGUUGCUCUUGUUAAUCUUACUGUCGCGAUUCCUCCUGCGCCUCCGAUGGUGAUAUGGCGUGGGGAGGGGGUGGCCGGCAUGCUGGAACCCCUGAAGGAGGGCACCAGUGUUGAGCUAUUGUGCCGCAGCGAAGGGGGACGUCCACCCCCACAAUUGACAUGGUGGUGGCGUGGUGCUCGACUACCCACCCGCCAGGCCUCCUCCCUCCACUCUUCCACUGGAGUGGUGGAAUCUAGUCUCGUAAUGAAAGCCUCGCGGGCCCUGCACGGCGCCACUCUCACCUGCCACGCCCAGACGCCCACGCCAGACAAUGCCGCCGCCACAGCCCUGCCGCAGCCCCUCGCCUCCUCCGUCACCCUCAACGUGACCUUGCCGCCGCUGAGUGUAGAGAUAUUAGGUCCCAAAGAGCCCAUCACUUCUGGAGUCAGUGUGAAGCUCGUGUGUCGUACAUACGGAUCCCACCCGCCCGCUCAUGUCACUUGGUGGCAGGGAAACACCCGCCUCUCCGAGGUCACCUCCUUUACUGACGACGGAGGAAAUGUAACCACGGCGACGGUGACUCUAGCGGUGCGUCAGGAACACAAUGGCGUCACGCUGGUCUGCACCGCCUCCAACCCAUUGCUGCCUCACGCCUCCGUCACCGCCACCCGUACACUUGAGGUGUUCUACAAGCCAAUGGUGGAGCUGCAGCUCGGUCGACACCUAGACGGCAGCCAACUCAUGGAGGGUAAUGAUGUUUUCUUCGAGUGUCAAGUGAAGGCAAACCCGUCCGUGCUUCGCCUCUACUUCUACCACAACGGAGCAGAGGUUGUCCAAGACCUAACUGCGGGCGUGGUGGUGAGUGGUAGGAUGUUGGUGAUGCGUCGAUUACGGCGAGAGCAAUCUGGCUAUUACACCUGCGCCGCCGCCAACCAGGAAGGACACAACACCAGCAACGCAGUGCACCUCCUGGUUCAACAUGCCCCUGUGUGUGCCGGAGCUGAUCUACAGCGAACUUUAGGCGUGGCUCGAACCACGCCCGUCACAGUUACGUGUAGGGUGGAAGCAGAGCCUGCCCAAGACCUAUCCUGGUCUUGGGUGAGGACACUAGAGGACGGGCAGGAGCAUCCCAUUCCUGCAGCGGACGUUGAAAGUGUUGGACUCACUUCCAGCGUAGAGGUGAUGGUGAUGUCCACACAGGACUACGGGAAUCUGUUGUGUAAGGCGAGCAACGCUGUGGGAAGACAGCAGGAGCCGUGUGUCGUACGUCUAAUACCUGCAGGACCUCCUGACCCGCCUGCUAAUUGUUCCGCUGCCCCAUCCGAGCCCCAGGACGCAGCAGCCUUCACACUUUCACUGGCCGUGGUCUGUUUCGAGGGAUUUGAUGGCGGCCUCCCGCAACAGUUCCUGCUGGAGGCGUGGCAGAGCGGUCUUGCCAUGGCCAAUAUGACCAGCGAUUUCCCAGAGUGGGAGGUGGAUAGACUAGAAAGUGGACUGGACACUACACUCUUCAUUGUCGCCUUCAACGCUCGUGGAUCAAGCGACAAACUACUACUAGAGGUACCAACUGCUCGUGCACAGCAGCAGGCCGCCGCCCCAGAGUCAGAAUCCUUGGGAGUGCCUACGCUUCUGGGCGCAGCCGCAGGCGUUGUUGCUGUGUUGCUGCUGUCGUUGACGGUGAGCGUAAUGCUUGCACGCCACAGCCGCUUAUGCCGUACCAAGGGCGCCAUCCAGGACCUAUCCCCGGCAGGCACGCCUAGAGGCAGCGUGUGGGAGUGUUACGAGCCUCAGUCAAGUCCCUGUUCCCGAAACCACCAGAUCGUCGAAGGAGAGGCACACGCCCAGUCUUACACAAGCCUUCUUGAAACAUACCCUGACUCUCCAAGGAAAUACUUAAACAGUCACAUACUGAAUUACUCCACCAAACUUGAUAACGUUGAAUUUUCAUGUCAAGUUAGCGAUUCGUGCAGUGACUCCAGUUGUGACUCCAAGGCUGAGUCAGUGGUGGAAGUAUCAGAACUCAAUCGGCAGUGCUGGCCUAGACAAGAUGGUAAAGUCCUAGCGAACUCAAGGGCAGAUUACUUCGCAAUACCCACCAGAGCGUCCCCACGACAGACACCCCUUGAUAGCCAUGUGUUACUACCACGGAAUGGAAACCUCUUCUCCAGCACACCCUGUCAUGUCAUCUGCCCUCCCCCGGAUACCCAUAAACUGGCGGGUCACGGCAAUGGGUGUGGUAGGAAUAUUUUAGAACCUCACCAUAAAAGAAACUUAAUACCAUUCAAGAGUAGUGAGAAAACAGUGGUGUUGCAGCAUCCCGGGUAUCCUACCGCCACGCAUGAACUUCAAACACGUCCUACGAAUAAGAGUAACAGAAGGGCCAGAUACGAAUUACUCCACACAGCCAGAAAACCUCCACGCACGUUCAGUCAGACUUCCAUCCCCAGCUACCCGCCAACGCGUGGCUCUUACACAUCUUUGUGUUCCUCCUCUAGUCAGCCAGUGCCACACAUCAUCAUUUCGGAAGAUCCUUCAGAAUGGGGAUGCCCACGCGCUCCAUUAGCAGAAGAUGAAGUGCAAGACGCUUACGUACUUUCGCAGCCAAAUGGAGGAUAAAUGAACAAAACGGUUUCCAGACCGUUUGUUGUGCACUUUGUUUGUUGUGCUCUGUAAAUGUCUUGAUGAAAGUUGUAAAAAAAAAUAAAUAAAUGAAUAGAAACAGC